CCCCAGACCUUACGUCCCGCCACCUUCAUCUUCCCCAAUACUAGCGCUACCCACCAUCGUAUGUCGACGCUGCAGCCGCUCCAGCACUUAAUCCCCGUGCCGCUCGAGCCCACUCUGUCCUCCAAAGCUGCAGCCCCAAUCUCCUUCCUCGAGACCAUCGACCGCAUCGAGAUCAACCACACUGUCGUGCGCCACGAUGUCGUCUACUACGUUAUCGAUCUCUUCCUGUUGCACCACACGUCGCGCAUCCCGACGCACAACACGCCCACGGCCAGCAGCUCGCAGCCUGACUACCAGAUUCUGCACCGCUUCUCCGAGUUCGCCGAGUUGCGCUACCAGGCUUGGGUCUGCGCACAGCGCAAACAUGAGGACGGCCACAUCUGCAAGCAUUGCAGCAAGUACAUGCACUUCAUCCUCUACUCUCUGUCGCAGCCGCGACUGUACGUCAAGCUGGUCUCAGGCAUCGAGCACCGCAAGAAGGUACUCAAGAACUUCUGUAGCGCUUUCGUGGACAUGGCACGAAGCAGCAAGACGGAGCCGCACUCAAGGGAAGCCAUGUGUGACGGCUGCCAGGCCAUCCCUCACCUCGUUGAGAGCUUCCUCCGCUGCUGAUCUUUGUCGUUCUGUUCAAGUCUUUUAUAAGCGUUCAAGUCAACUAACGCAACUCAAGAAAUAGUUUAUGAGUAGCAAGUGUAUACACUAGGGAAUAUAGCAAACAAUACGAAUCGUUCGAACACUA